AGUUUAUUCAAGAUAGGUACCAAAUCAUAUAUUUCUAGCAGUAGUAUGGUUUUUAUUAGCCUUUAUUUGAUAAUGUCCAAUGUAGCAUACCUAUAUUAAUUGUCUAGUUGAAAAUUUUAAGUUUUUUACAAACGGGCUUUUGUUUGGUGCUUUGUCUCUUGUCUCUUUAGAAAGUAUUAAUUAAGCAUAAUUCAAGAUGCCGCAACAUCCAGGACAUAUUAAGAUGGAUUUGUCAUCAAGUAUGACAUUAGUUUCCGGUAGAGCGGAUGCAGGAAAAGAUCAUUUCAAAUGGGAUAGCAUUAAAACAUUCCUAUACCUCGCAUUCGCGUUUGCUUCAUGCAGUUUUACUUUCGAUAUGUUUUCAGAGGUGGUGGAUAAUGUAAGAUUAUUGGAUUUUAUUUUAUUGGAGAUUACACUUGGCAUGCCUUAUAUGUUUAUGGAUGUUUUUAUAAAACAGUACACAAGGAAAAUCGAUUUUAACCAGUCCCUUAAUCCUUUACUGAAAGGAAUUACUUAUGGAUCUCUUCUUCAGACAGCUAUGUUUGCACUGUUGCACGCGUGUGAUCUAACUGAUGGGCUUGAAUACCUAGCAAUGUUUUUAUUAAUGCGCCAUUUUAGAUCGGCUUGUCCAAAGGGGGCCUCACCAAAUAAUUGUGUGGAACGGAAGACUGUCUGGAUACAAUGUGACCUUGGCCAAAUAACUGCGAUAAAUAACACUUCUGUACAUGUAUACUAUACAAAAAAAGGCGAGCCAUCCGGGUCGACGACUAAGAUGUUUGCCACGGCCAUUGUUUGGAUUUGUAACUUUUUCUUCAGUACUGUAUCAGUUGAUACGUUGUUAUUGAUAUCGAAAUUGUCAUUUUUAUGGAGAUCUAUAUCGACGUGUUUCCUUGCGCUGUCGAUAUCGUUUUCAUUACCUCAGCAUGUGAUUACGUCAGUUAUAAGUGAUAUCAUGAGCCUUAACUCACCACCAGCAUAUGAUACAACAAUUAAUCUGGUGACUUACAUCUACGGUAUAGGUUACUUAGGCGUGUACGACUUUCAAAUGAUUUCACCAUUCACAAUGGUUGAUAAUACUGUAGUAAUAUUCGCAGUAGUGUUCACUCUGCUGGGCUUCAUAAGGUCUUUUGUCAUAAAAACACUGUAUAAAUUGACGGCGAGAUGCAUCUCAAUUAAUUUCAAGGUCUACUACCAUUAUUUGUUAUUUGGAAUACUACCCUUCGGUGCCGAUUACCUCCCUGCUCACAUACUUUAUCUUCUAGUCAUAUAUGGAAAUAUUAUUGUAGCUGCAUUAGCUUUCCUGUCUACCACGACUCUGACAAUGUCAAGGCUGCUACGCCGUGAAUUCAGAUCGUUAAAAAAUGUUUAUAUAGUUGGGAUAUUAUGCUUGAUCGGAUUUCUCGCUUCGUUGCCAUUAGCUAUUACAAAUUCUACAUCGUCAUACAGUCAAGCUGGAGGAUUAGAAUAUGGUGUGUACAUGACAGUUCUUUAUCUUGGAGGUAUUAAAACCGGUUUGAUUAUGUGGAUAUACGGUGUGAAAAAGUUCUCAACAGAUAUACACUUUUGGUUGGGCUUUAAACCGACUAAGUUUUGGACAUUUUGUUGGUCGGUGUUACCCAUUGUUUUGAUUGGGCUCUGUUUAUAUCGUGUCGCCCGGCUGAAUGAAAUUGAAAAUGUUACAAAUAUGAUAGUCGCAGCUGUUUGGUUUUUGGUCUCAAUUAUAAUUGUUAUUAUAUUUCAAAUAAGAACAAUAGCAAAAUAUAUGGUCGGAAAUCAUUUCAUUAAUGCGUUUCGAAAUUCAAGAAAUUAUGGACCACCAGAUCACGUGGACAGAGAACAAAGAAAAUAUUUCAGCGAAACAUUGCGAUUAAGAAAGUGUUCACAUCAGUGCAAAGUAUACGAUGAGACAUUUGACUGUAAUCACAUGCCCCUAAUGUCGACAUUAAGUCCCACAUUAUCAGACGCUGGGACCACAUCUUCAGAUGAGCUGACGAACAUCUACGUGGCCAAUAAGGAGAUAAGGGCAUCCACGGUUGAAGUGAACACAUACCUUUGACAAUUAAAUUUUAUGUGUGAUUCAUUUACGGCAUCCAGACGAAUUAGUAUGGCGCUUGAACUUUGGAAUCUUAAAGAAGAUUUAAAAGCCAAUAUCCUCUAGACGCGUUUAUCUUACCUUUUCCUAUGCAUCUCAAAUGAGAAUUUUUAACAUAUUAGUUGAAACCACCAGAAAUUAAAUACUUAUUAAGGACCCAAAGAGCCAGGAACGUAGUGCAUCCCAACUGAUAUUAAUGCGAAAGUAUGUUUGUUUAUUACCUCUUCACUCUCUAUCUACUCAACAAAUCUUAAAAUUUCGAAUACAUAUAGUGCAAAGUACGGAAAAGGACAAAGCCCACCUUUCAUCUCAGAAGUACCUUUCGUCUCGGAGGCAAAAGCUAGUUGAAUAUAAAAUUUUAUCGAGACAAACAAAUUAAGUAGUACAAUUUUAUCGAUGCUCUUCAACAUUACGAUAAUAUAAAGUCGAUACGAUAAUAUAAAGUGGAAGUGGGAUAGACACGUCGCGCGUAUGAAAAACGAUAGAUGGGCAAAACCGAUAGCGCCAUAGAAAGGCCAUUAUAGGAGAGGUAAACUAAUGGAGACAUGGAAUAAAAAAAGCGGUUAUAGCGGAAGAAAAAAACAACGACGAAAAUCGGAGGAGAUUUACACUUUAUUAAGUGACUUUAGUCUUAACGUCAUAUUUUAUAUUAUUAGAAAAUUUGAAUUUCAUUUUUUAAUUUUGAAGGUUGAAUUAGCAUUUCAAAUAUUUGUUGAUUUGAAUUUUAUUUAUUUGUAAUUAAUAGUUAAUUAUUGUAACCAUUAUUUAAAAUGUUAUUUAAUUCUGUAAUAACAAUAUAAUUAAUGUAAUUGUAACUUUAUUAAGGAUCAUUAAAGGCUUUAUUUUUUA